AUGAUUGGAAUUAAUUUGUUUUUAUUAUAUUUUCUAUGUGUUAGUAAAACAAAUGCUGUCAUUUAUACAAUAACUCCUUCAACAUCAACUGAACUUAAUUCUAUUUUAAAAUCAUCUUAUUUAGAUUUGACUUUAAUGAAUACAUCUAUUGUUGUACGUUUAUCAUCAAAUUCAUCUACACUUCUUAAUUCUACACAAAUAUUGUUAUCAGAUUCAAAUAUAGUUGGUGUUGUUUUUGCUUGGAAUACCGGUGAUUGUACAAUACCAACAUCAAUUGCUUCACAAUUAAAUAAUAUUAAUAUUAUUAAUCCAAUAUGUUUCAUUAAUAAUUUAGUUAAUAUAACAUUGAUGCCCACAAAUACGUUACAAUUGACGAUAACAAGUCAACAAUUAGUUCUAGCUGCACAAACAUUUAUGCAACAAUAUAGUUUACGUUAUUUUACCAUGAUUAUCGGUUCAAAUGAAGUUUUAUAUUCAUAUUUUGCUCAAGAAUUUAUAGUUGGACUAUCAUCAACUACGUCAUAUAUAUUAGAAAAAUAUUUAUACGUUACGAAUAUUCUAAAUUAUACGAUGACACAAUUGGGACAAUUAAAAAGUCGAGUGAUAUUUGUUAUUUGUUCCUAUUCUGAAGAACAGCAUCUUUAUUCCUAUAUUGUUCAAAAUUCUAUAUCAGGUAUGGUUUAUAUAUUUUUACGUUGGUCACAAUUUCAUUUAUCAUAUUAUACCACAUCAUUUUCAUCAAAUUUUAUUCAAAAUAAUAAUCAAGCACCAUUUAAUCUUACUUUAUUUAAUUCAUCAUCAUUUUCUGUUUUACAUCUUUUACCAAUGGAUAUAGAAAAUUCAUAUUCAGAUUUAUUAUCAAUAUUAGAAAGAAUAUUAUUAUUAAAUGGAACAAGUUUUACAUCCAUUGAUGAUAUAUUGUAUAUAUUAAGUGAAUUAGAAGGUACACUGUAUUUAAACCAACAAGGUUCAAAUAAAUUAUCUACAACAACGGAUCUUGGUACAAUUUCAUUAUUAAAUAGAAUACGUCUAUUUAAAUAUUAUAUUGUUGGUAUUAAUUGUAAUGGUACAUGGGCACCAUUAAAAAUGAUUACAAAUAAUUUAACAAUUACUAAUAUAGAUAGUGGACUAUGUACAACAUGGCCUGGUAUUGAUUCAUCAACAAUAGUAACAGAAGAUGCUGGUUGGAGAGUAUUAAGAAUUGUAUUAUUGUCAUUGAUGGGCGUCGUUGUUGCUUCUGGUAUUGCAUUAAUAACAAUACUUUUUAUCAGAAAUCAACGUGCACGAAAACAAAUGAGUAAAGGUCCAAAUAAAAUUAUAUUAUUACCCGAUGAUCUUAUAUUUGUUAUGCCAAAAGGAUCAAUUUUUACCAGCAAAGUUAAUCUUAAAGCUGAUGUACAUGAACGAAGUAACAUUUCUAUUCGAAGUGAAGAAGUACAAUCAGGAAAAACGGCACGAUACAAUGGUGAUCUUGUUGAAGUUAAAAAAUUAAAUAUUGGACCACUAUCUCUUAGAACAAAAAUGAUGAAAGAAUUAAGAAUGCUAAAAGAUCUUCGACAUGAAAAUGUUAACACAUUCAUUGGCGUUUUUAUUGAUCAUCAAUUACCUUCAUUAAUAUAUGAAUAUGGUCAUCGUGGUAGUUUAGAGGAUAUAUUAAAAAAAGAAGAAAUUAAACUUGAUUGGAAUUUUAAAUGGUCAAUGUUAAAUGAUCUUGUUCGAGGUAUGCGUUAUUUAUCUCAUUCACCAAUUAAAUGUCAUGGAAAUUUAAAAUCACGAAAUUGUAUUGUGGAUUCACGAUGGGUAUUAAAAGUAACCGAUUAUAGAUUAAAUGAAGUUUAUGCACUCCAAAAUUCUCCAAGAAUUGUUGAUAUGACAGAUUUAUUAUGGAGUGCUCCAGAACAUAUUCGAACAGCCACAAUUAAAGGUGAUAUUGCAACAGUGACAACAAGCUCAAUAGCCGGUGAUGUGUAUAGUUUUGGUAUUAUUAUGCAAGAAGUGAUACUUAGAGGAGCACCAUAUUGUAUGUUAGAUUUAUCAGCAUCAGAAAUAAUUGCAAAAAUUCGUAAACCUCCUCCCCUAUUACGUCCAUCUGUAUCAAAACAAGUAGCACCACCAGAAUAUAUUAAUAGUAUGAAACAAUGUUGGGCAGAACAACCAGAAACACGUCCAUCAUUUGCUGAUUUAGCUCAAUCAAUAAAAUCUUUGAAUGGUGGAAAAAAAGUGAAUAUUGUUGAUACUAUGUUUAAAAUGCUUGAACAAUAUUCAAAUAAUCUUGAAGAUCUCAUUAAAGAACGUACAACUCAAUUAGAAGAAGAAAAGAAGAAAACAGAUAAAUUAUUGUCACAAAUGUUACCACCAACGGUUGCUGAAAGUUUAAAAUCUGGUACAACAGUUGAAGCAGAAUGGUUUGAAAUGGUAACAAUCUAUUUUUCUGAUAUUGUCGGAUUUACCACCAUCUCAGCUCUAAGUGGUCCAAUGGAAGUUGUUGAUCUUUUAAAUGAUUUGUAUACAAUGUUUGAUUCAAUAUUAGAAGAUUUUGAUUGUUACAAAGUUGAAACAAUUGGCGAUGCAUAUAUGGUUGUAAGCGGUUUACCAAUUCGAAAUGGAAUUAAACAUGCAUCAGAAAUAGCCACAAUGGCAUUGACUCUACUACAUCAUUGUGGAAAAUUUAAAAUAAGACACAUGCCCGGUGUACCAUUACGAUUAAGAAUCGGAUUGCAUUCUGGUGCAUGUGUUGCGGGUGUGGUGGGUUUAAAAAUGCCACGUUAUUGUUUAUUUGGUGAUACUGUCAAUACAGCUAGUAGAAUGGAAUCAACAAGCAUGGCCUUUCGUGUACAUGUGAGUGAAUCAACAGCAGGUCUAUUGGAAGAAAGUGGUGGUUUUAAAUUAGAAUAUCGUGGCAUAACAGAAAUCAAAGGACGAGGAAAUCAUAAAACGUAUUGGCUCCAGGGAAAAGAAGGUUUUGACAAAGAGCUUCCCGAACCUGUUAUAUCGGAAGAUAAUCACGGUCUUGACAAAGAACUUGUUAAAUUGGUUGAAAAAAAUGCAAAAGAACGUAAUCGAAUUGAUUUACUAAAGAAAAGUCAAGUGGCAUUUAAACAAAAUAAAAAUAAUUCAAUUGAAAUACAAGUAAAAGCUAUACCUGAAACAAAUACUACCAUUGGUUCUGAAACACAAACUGUUACAGUAACUGAAAUAAAAAGAUCUCAAACCGAUCGCAUAGAUACAAUAGAUUCGGGUUAUUCCGAUACAAAUUCGUCAGCAAAAACAGCUGAUUUAUUACGUUUUACUCCACCACCAACGACACCUCCUGCUCUUCCUCCACCGCCGCCUGCCGUCCAACAUGUUAAAUUUCUACAACAACCACCACCCAAUAAUAAUCAUACCAGUGAAAAACUACAAAAUGGAACUAUUUCUGUUGUAAACCGAAAAGCGUCAAGAACAAAAUGGUAA